AUGCCUGGCUUGUUACGUUAUUUGUAUCUAAAGGUUCUCGUCACCUUUUCGCGGGUCCUGAUCAAACUACUCGGCUUGCCGUUGAGGCCGAGGCCUGAUGAUGUGAUACAAAUCCCAUCUCGCGAUAAGGGCCACUCUAUCAAAGUCCAUGUCUACAAGCCACAUGCUGCAGAGGCUGGAAGUUCAAAUCCAGCCCCUGUUCUCAUAAACUUGUAUGGCUCCGGCCUCGCGAUACCUCUUCAUGGUAUGGACGAUGAUUUCUGCCGAUUUGUCGCGAGCUCUACCGGCUACGUGGUGCUUGAUGUCAAUUACCGUCUUGCCCCUGAGCACCCGUUCCCAGCCGCGCUCAACGAUGUUGAGGAUGCUGUGAAAUAUGUGCUAGAUCACCCAAGCGAGUACCAGGCCUCGCAAGUCUCCAUAUCUGGAUUUUCUUCGGGUGGCACUCUGGCGCUUUCUGCUGCCUCUACGACACUUCCCCGCGGAACAUUCCAAUCGCUUAUAACAUUCUAUCCUGCGACGAAUCUUCUCCAGGACCCGGGUUUGAGGAAAGCUCCCGUAGUAGGUGGGAAGGAACGCUCGCCAUUUUGGACUAGGAUCUUCCGAGAAUCAUAUCUCAGAGGGAUGGAUCCUCGCGAUCCAAGAAUUUCGCCUGUAUUUGCGGAUACGUCCAAUUUGCCGGCCAACGUGCUGGUGGUUACAGGCGAGUUGGAUCAAUCGGCGCGAGAGGCAGAAGAGCUAGCUGAGAGAGUAAAGAGCGAAGGGCAUACUACUGGCAGAGAGGUCGUAAUUCGCAGGAUGAAGGGAUGUGGGCAUGCGUUCGAUAAGAAACUGACUGGUGAAGUCUCUACAGCAGCUAAGAACGAGACAUAUGAGCUUGCUGUCAAAAUGCUGAAAAGGGUUAGGAGGUAG